AUGAGUGAAGAAGAACAACAGCAACAACAACAACAAGAAGAAGAAAUAGAACAACAGGAACAAGUUGAGACUUCUGGUACAGGUGCAUCAAAAGUUCCAGAAACUGAAGAAGAAAGAGCUGCCAGAUUAGCCAAACAAGAAGAAAUUGAUGGUAGAUCGGUAUAUGUUGGAAAUGUUGAUUACCAAUCUACACCUGAACAAUUAGAAGAAUUCUUUCAUGUAGUAGGAGUAAUUGAACGUGUAACUAUAUUAUUUGAUAGAUACACUGGUUUACCAAAAGGGUAUGCCUAUGUUGAAUUUGAAAAAGCAGAAAGUGUUGAAGCUGCCAUUAAUGAUUUACAUGGUAAGACCUUUAGAGGUAGAGAAUUAAGAGUUACUGCCAAGAGAACUAAUUUACCAGGAUUUAGAAAGAAUGGUAGAGGUAGAGGAAGUUUCAGAGGGAGAGGUAGAGGCAGAGGUGGAUUCCGUGGUUCUAGUGAGAAUGGUGAAGAACCAGUAAAUUCAGAAGCUGUUGAAGCUACUGAAUAG